UACGUCGUACUUAUUGGUGCCUAUACACUUCUCGUUGCCAUUUUUCCCUCGACCAGUGCCAUAAAUUGCCUUCGGCCUCAUGACACAGAAAGCAAAACAUGUACAUGUGACGAAACUGGUCGCGUGUCAUCCGCUACAGUUCCUACCUCGUUAACUAAAACAAGCUGUGCGCCAUUUCAAUUCCAACACGGCGUUCGAUCAGUGUGUUUGAUCUUUCUUUUGCAGCAGCAGCACUUCCCGGUCUCGUCUUACCAUUAAAAACAACUAAUGCGGCGAGCAAGACGAGCGGCCACCAUCGUUGUAAUAGCGACGGUGUUGGCGACAUACUGCAUGUUGUUGGUAUACCUAUGGCAAGAACCGCGAAAAGUCAACGACGGUACCUCAGCACUCCCCCAAGCAAGAAUUGCCAGAGAAGCUUCACAGCGAGCCCGAAGUUUCGUCGACCACUGCGACUACAACGACUACAACGACCACAACGACAAAAAGUCCACAAAGAAGUAAUGCCUGGAUGCCCUACUACCGCCGCAUGAGACCCGAUGGGCAGCCGGACCUGCCGAGAAUUCUCUUCUGGACGACAAUUUAUGGCUCCUGGUUUUCGGGUCUCACGGAAGAGGGAGUGGCAGAGCUCGAGUACAAAGGGUGUCCCGAUCGCUGCUUUAUCGCCAACGACCGGCGCACGCUGGACGUCAGCGACGCCGUCGUCUUCUACGGCCACGACCUAGACCCCACACGGAUGCCGAAAGAGCGGGCCCCUUUCCAGAAGUGGGUCUACUGGUCCCUCGAGCCUCCGUGGCACUGUCCAGUGGCCUUGCUCAAAGGUCUCACCAACACCAUCAACUGGACCAUGACUUACAGGCUCGAUUCGGACAUCCUGGACACCUACGCCACGAUCACAGACCAAAAGCCAGCCCAACAACCGUACUCCAAGAAGUCCCUCAAGCGCAUCUGGGAGCGAAAGUCCAAGAUGGCCGCGUGGGCCGUCAGCAGCUGCAACACGUCCGGAAAGCGCGAGGACUACGUGCAAGAGUUACGGAAGUACAUCGACGUAGAUGUGUACGGCUACUGCGGCGCAUACAAAUGCCCUCGGCAAAACGAGACCGCCUGCUACAAGAUGUUUGCCCAAAACUACUACUUCUACCUGUCCUUCGAGAAUUGCAUCUGCAAGGACUACGUCACCGAGAAGCUGUUCAAGCUGCUAAGGCACGACAUCGUCCCUGUCGUGUAUGGCGGAGCAAACUACACUAACGCUGCACCUCCGGGAUCGUUCAUCGACGCCCUCAGCUUCGAGUCGCCCAUGCACUUGGCUCGCCACCUUAAGAAAGUGGCCGGGGACUACAACCUGUACAAGAGGUACUUCCAGUGGAAAGGCAAGUACCAUGUGGAACCGUUCACUUACUACACCUUCUGCGCACUCUGCCGGAAGCUGCACAGCGAAGACUUCAAGAAGACUUCGGUUGUGGCGGACAUCUACCACUGGUGGAACACGACAUCGUACUGUCGUGCUUGGAACCGCAGAACUCAAAAGUUCGAGUACUGAUCGCCGCUUUCGACGUGGUACGGUGGACGUUACUGUCACGAUCCCGGCUUGUCCAACCAAUGCACUACACCGGAGCAGUGUUUCGUGUCGGGCGAAUGCAUAUAUGGUUCUUCCAAGGCAAUGGAUGGUUAGUUCGUGAUCCUAUGAGCGUAAUCUUCACACCGCCGCCGUUGAACGCAACGGAGGCCUAACUGCAUGUGGUUGUGUUAAAUGUAGGUAGUUUGUCUACAAGAAGACGUGAAGGCGCAACUUUAGAUCCUGAGGAAAGGACGCCGCAGCAGCAUUUUGUGACGGUAAAUGCCCGUUUAUAGUCCGAAGUUAUCGGCGUGCGGGCGAGCGUCGCUUGCGGCCAGUCACACUACGCCGUGUGGUGCCGUACUACGCGCCUAUCAUCGAGGCGACGGGAGCUCCCACUUCUGCGUGACGAAUCAAGAAUUCGACGCGGGAGCACUUCAAGAAGCACCCGGCAUUUGCCGCGACGAAUCAAUUAGACGCUGUUAACUUCAAGCUGCACCAGGCCUUCCCCCGUGGGAAGAAUGAGGCGACGCGGGUGACGGCAGCUCUCCGCCCCGCCUCGUUCCUGCCGACGAGGAGCCCAAAAAGGGAUUUAAGGCAGAACCGGCCCUUUGUGAACAGAGAGUCGCCACCAGCCGCCCCGUCGGUCUGGUGCGCUCUCACUGCUAUUACCAGCUAUCGGCAGCUAAUACCUGCUAUUACCUGCUAUAUCUGUACAUAUCUGUACAUAUUGUGUAAAGCUUUCGUCUCCUCUUCGUCUGCUCCAAGAGUCCGUCUCUCGCCCAUCGACCCCGGGUCGCAAUAGUCGGUUGCGCUGUGCCAGCAGAAAUGCUAUCUCCUCGAUACUUCGACGCGCGCUUCGUCGGCUGGUGCCUUCGGAGCAUGCGCCGAACGAUCCCCAACCCGCGCGCUGCUUUGAACUGCUGUCUGCGACCGUCGGCACACAACACCUAUAUAAACUUAGAGAAGGGAAACUCUACCUUCCACAGUGCAACGGAAAUAAGUGUAGCGGGGGCGUUGUGAACUAAAGUAUUCGACCGAGAGAUGGCACUGGCAAAAUCAAAACUAAUAUCCUCAUCAUUAGGUAGUGAGCAAUACAGCCGAUAUAGCCGCUACGGUAGCGGUUCGUGGGGCUCGUCACGCUGCUCGCUCGCUGGUUUUGGGCGUUUUGUUACCGCUUUAUGGGCGCUAUUCGUGUGUACUGUACGCUAACAUGGCUACAGAUAUAUUUAUUAUGCCGCUAGAUGACCUAGGGGCCUCAACUGGCGAUAAAACACUUCAAACAAGUAAGCUUACGUUGUUUAUUCUCAAUGGUGAAUGAAGCAGCACAUGCUCACAAUUUUCGUACAGGUCAGGUGGGCUUAAUGUUGUCCGUCACUGAGUUUACAGCAUAGAGAAACACAGAUGACCAUCUAUUUAAUGGAAUCCCAAGCUGAAAUCGAGAGAAGUUUUCUCAUUGUGUUCGGCGUGACGCUAAAGCAGGGAGAACGAAGCUUCAGGAAACGAUAUUUAUGCUGGGCUACCCUCGUACUUGUAUUGUGUGCAGUGCUGCUUGAAGUUUUAUAUUGUCUGCGUUCAACGAUUUCAGCCAGAUUAAAGAUAGAAGCAAAAAAUUGCUCGGCAAAGAUGUACCGUCAGCAAGAUAAGCUCAAGCUGCAAUGU